AUGAGAUCAAGUGCAGGAGUGAGUCCAUCACACCACACUCUGAACCAGCGCUGUACUAAAGAUGUAUGUACUAAAUACACCUUUGCUAAUUUGAUAGAUGAAGAUGGUAUUUCCCCGUUUCAAGUUUGCAGUUUUUGUUUACUCCUGAGUGUGAUGAUCUUUCCCAUCAUACAGCAAUUAGCUAUUGGUACAGCAUUUCAUUUCUGUGGGCUGGCUGUUCAUGUCGUUUUGUCCUUUGCCCAUUCCGUGUCGCCCCCGGGCAAUACCCUCCAGCUUGGGUCUUUUCUUAACAUUGGUUUUUAG